CGGAGCUUCAGCGGCAGGUAGUGACGCCACCGGCGCCAUAUUAGCCGCCGUCGCCGUCGUCGUGUUCGCAGCUGGACGGAGGAGCCGGUGAAGCAGGACCUCCACCAUGGACGCGGACUCGCUGCUGGCCGCUUUCAGAGAUUUCGAGAAGAAAGGAAAAAAGGAAACUUGUCCGAUUUUGGAUCAGUUUUUGUGCCAUAUCGCCAAAACCGGAGAGACGAUGAUUCAGUGGUCCCAAUUUAAAAGCUACUUUCUCUUCAAACUGGAGAAAGUAAUGGACGACUUUAAAGCUUCGUCUCCUGAUCAGCGUGGACCUGCAAAUCCAAACGUUGAGUACAUUCCCUUUGAGGAAAUGAAGGAAAGGAUACUUAAAAUUGUGGACGGCUAUAAUGGGAUUCCUUUCACAAUCCAGCGUCUGUGUGAGCUGCUUACUGAGCCCAAGAGAAACUACACAGGAACAGACAAGUUCCUCCGAGGCGUAGAGAAGAAUGUAAUGGUGGUCAGCUGUGUGUAUCCUACCUCAGAGAAAAAUGGAUCUACUUGUGUGAACAGAAUGAAUGGAGUCAUGUUCCCUGGAAACGCCUCUGCUUUUUCAGACAGGAACGUGAACGGUCCCGGAACACCCAGGCCGUUAAACAGACAAAAGCUCCCUCUGUCCAGCAGUGUAGCUACCAACGGCCUUCCUGACAGCACAGAAAACAAGGAGCAGGCGUUCGAGCCGUCGGACAGAACAGUCGGCGACUCCCUGACGUCGGAAGCUGCGGGCUCAAGCAGUGGGCCGAAGAAGAACAAGCACCACGAGGAUGAGGACUCGGAGGAAGAGGCCAGGCAUGACGCAAAACGACUUAAAUUUGAUAAGGACAACAAAAAAGAUGAGGAGGAGGACGAGGAGGAGGUGGAGGACGAGGAGAAGGACGUGGAGGAGAAUGUGAAGGAGCAGCCCUGUCCUGCUCCAGCAGAGAGCUCGUCGGACGUGCCGGAGCCUUCGCUGCACGUCAGUACGGAGCUGAAGGAUGCAGACGGUCUAGCUGCUGAAGACCAAGAGCCCUCGAGCACACAGUUGGAGUCUUCAGACGAAGAUGGCCACAAAUCAGGGACGGAGGAUUCUCCAGGUCCUUCCCAAAGCCCGACAGGCGGCGGAGAAUCGGACAUAUUGGAGCAGAAUUCUCAGCCAGGGAGGGAAGAACCUGCAGAAGAACAAGAUGCGGAGAAGCACGACCCAGUAAGCAGCAGCAGCAGCAGCAGCAGCGAGGAGGGAGUGUCCAGUGCAGAGCCUGCGUCUGCCUGUUCGAGCAGUUCCACAGAGCUGACAGCAGAGGGCAGCAGCAGCGCAGAGAACAGUUCAGACAGCUCAGAGACUGCAGAUGACCCCAUGGAGCAAGACUGAAGAUGGGGUCCUUGACACUGAAUUUCUUUCUUUCUUUCAUUCUUUCUUUUGUGUUUUGUUUUAUUUGUUUUUUUUAAAGAAAACCACACCAAAACGGCCCUGAACCACCCGUUCUGUAAAGAGUGGAUCUCUGUCACACCUGAGGAGGGCAUUCUUGUGGCAACCCAGAGAACCUCAAAACCCCCUCCACCCUUCACGUCUCUCCACACCUCGUGUGACCCUUUCCUCAGACCACACUGUCUCAUACUGGUCCACUGUUCUGGAGAACGCUUUUAAGGCUCGUCGAUUUCCCCGAUAUUUUUUUUUUGGGAAGCUUUUGGAUUCACCGGCAAGUCGUGUCUGUCCGCGGCACGUUCUGUACUCAUCUAAUCACGCAUCGCCACACGUUCUGCAUCCGUUGCAGUGCGACGUUUCAUUAAACGUCUCGGUAUGGAAGUGCGUGGCGGAGGUGUGUGUGUGUGUGUGUGUGAGCGUAAGAGAGCUCGUUUAAUCCCCUUAGCUUUGAGAUAGACCGAGACUAAUGCAGUCAGAAAGAAGCUCUAACCUACAGAUUAGGAGUUAAACAUUCCAGGGGCAUGCCUCCUCUUAAAGCGAUACUAGGUAGGAUUAAACCACUAGAAACUGUGAAGCGUUCCUAAUCUCACACUCUCGGAACAGAGAUUUCUCAUGUAAACACACAUCACUGAAAUAAAGCUUUUUUUUAUAAUGGUGAAA